UGUCACGUGGGACCGACUCCCGCCGCCGCGGCCGCCUUCGUCUUUCUCUGUCUCGACUGAGGUAGCCAUCUUGCUCUUGCCGCGUACUGGUGUUGGAGGACCCUCCUUGCUUCAGAUUUACCAACAGCAUGAAUCAAGAAAAGUUAGCCAAACUUCAGGCUCAGGUCCGGAUAGGGGGCAAGGGUACAGCGCGCAGAAAGAAGAAGGUGGUACAUAGAACAGCUACAGCUGAUGACAAAAAACUUCAGAGUUCUCUAAAAAAACUGGCUGUGAAUAAUAUAGCUGGUAUUGAAGAGGUGAACAUGAUUAAAGAUGAUGGGACAGUUAUUCAUUUCAACAAUCCCAAAGUCCAAGCUUCCCUUUCUGCUAACACCUUUGCGAUUACUGGCCAUGCUGAAGCCAAACCAAUCACAGAAAUGCUUCCUGGAAUAUUAAGUCAGCUUGGUGCUGACAGCUUAACAAGUCUUAGGAAGUUAGCUGAACAGUUCCCUCGGCAAGUGUUGGAUAGCAAAACACCAAAACCAGAAGACAUUGAUGAGGAGGAGGAUGAUGUUCCAGAUCUCGUAGAAAAUUUUGAUGAGGCAUCAAAGAAUGAAGCUAACUAAAAUUUUUUCUGGUUUUUGGAAGCUGGCAUGGACUAGAUUUAACAAAUCAGCUAUGUGGUUCCAAAGUUUUACAGACACGGAGAACAUCAGCUGUUACUAGUUCAGUAAUAUAAAUAUUUUGUAUAUUAAUAAUGCUGUUUGUUCAGCAUUUUUCGAUCAUUUGAUUUUGCAUUUUGCACUUCCUCCCAGGAUCUAUUCUUUUGGUCAAAAUACGAAGUGUUGGUGCAGUUUGAGGGUGUUUUGGGUUUUGAUUCUUGGUUUUUUGUUUUGUUUUUUGUUGGGGUAUUUUUAGUGUGUGUAUGUGUAUGUAUGCGUGUGGGUAUGUGUGUAUACAGUGGAGAGCAAAUUGGAAAACAGUUUUAUUUAUCCUCCUCCUUACCCCAGUAGAAAUAAAACAAAUCUUUACAUUUGUUACUUUUUAUUUUUUCUAAUGAUGCACAGAAUUAAUGAAAAGUGAGUAUCUUGGAUUUCAAAUCAGGAGAUUUUACCCUUGGAGGUUUGGUUUUAAUUUGCUUCGUUAACAUAUUUCUCAUACAUUUUUCUGGGUUUAAAAUGUCUUGAGAUAUUUUGUCACCAGCUUCAUGCUUGCAUAAUGGGUAGCAUAUCUUUGGUGCAGUUGCCUUGGAUUCACUUACCUAGUUAGACCCAGAGGAAUUUCUUCUACUAGUUUUUGUCCUAAAUGCCUUGUUUUCUCCCCUUUUGGUCUUUAAAUGGCCUGGUUAGCCUUUAGUAAUGCUCUUCCUCAUCUUCCAUCUAGCCUGAGAAGGAUGUUCUCCAUAUAGAGUUAAGUGAGUGCCUAAUCCCUCUUUUUGUAAGAUUGUUCCCACAUCUUGAGGAACAACAGCUCCAUCUUCAACUUCUUAUUCUUUUGAUUUUACAGUUUGGUAGAUUUCAAACUGGAAUAGCUAGCAUGUGCUUGCUAAAUAAUUUUAUGCCAGCCUUAUCCUGUAUCCUAGCUGUUCUUAAUAGCAGGUGCAAAAAUGCCUCUUUUUCAGCAAGGUUGAAAUUGGGAAUGUCCUUUUGAAUCAGAAAAAAUGGGCCAUAGACUCAUUCCCCAGCACAAAUGGGCAUUCUAUGAAAUGGUACUGGCCCCAGGAGGAUUUCUUCAACCACUCCUCUACUCUUGGCCUUGAACCUACCUCUGGAUUGGAUCUUACUAUUGUAGCUGCUCAUAGCAUCCUCCUGCAUGCUUAGAGUAAUGCUUUGGGGGAACACUGGUAAAACACAGUAUUUAUUUUUUCACCUCCUUUCAGAGGACUUGGAGGUAAGUUGCAUUCAUUCAUUGACGCUUCCCUCUUGCCGUCUUAUAAAAGCUUGCACUUUGUUAUAUCAGCAUUUGUUAUAGCCAAUAUUUAAGGAUAAGAUUUAGAAAGUCUGUCAUGGCCCAUCAUCAAACUAUGGCUUAACCUUGCAGCAUAUCAACUUUUGUUUCAAGCUAGAUAUCUUUAUUUGAUAUCUCUAGUGCAAGACCAACAUAUCAAGAGAUCUAUAGACAUGAAGGCAAAGGUCUUGUAUUUUUUUCCAUCCAGACACCUCAAUUUAUUUUAUACAUUUGUUGAUUUUUCCUGUUAUGUUUUAUAUAUAUGGAGUUAACUACAAAAUAAAAUAACAGUAAUAAAAUAACAAAAGAGGAUAAUAUUUCCUCUUGUGCUUC